AUGGCGUCCAGAAUAGUCCCGCGGAGCGUCAAAGACGCAACUCGCUUCACGUCAACCACUCCUCAUGCCACCUCCAAAUCCGCAGUGGCAAGAACCCCCCCCUCGGCUACUCCCAGACCCUCCCCCCGAGUCCCCGGCGAGACGCCAGAACAGAGAGUCCGACGCUUGCGGCAGGCACACCUAGCCGCGCAAAAAGCUCAGGUCAGUCGAACGGAUCGUAUGAUCGACGCAUCCAGGAGAUUCCUGGAUGUUGCUCACCGUUGGACUGUGGGGGGAAUCGUCGUCUUCACAGCCGUUGCUGGCGUGGUCAGCGUUUACUCGGUCUGGGACAUGCUGCAGUACAACCGUGCCCGUCGCGCCGAAUGGAUCGAGGCCCAGAGGAAGCUGGAAGCCGACUCCCUCGCCGCCGCCCGAAUAGCGUACCUCAGGGGCGAUGCCACCGAAGAGCAGGUUCUUCUCGUCGAGGAGGCGAACCGUGACGCCCAGGAGAAGGGCGUCAAACUUCCGCCGCUGCUGUCGCCCCCCGAGCACAGAACGCAUUUCGAGGAGCACGUCAAGCCGACGUUUUCCAGGCCCUCCGAGGAGCCGGGCCGGAAGACGGAUGGAAAAGGUGUCCUGGGCAUCUUUUCCGGGAUUUUUGGUGGCUCGCAAACUGCCCAGGCUUCGCCCUCGGCAGGAUCCGACGAUGGUGGCAGCAUUCAGUCAAUGGAAUCUAAUAAAGCCAGGGAUGCGCGUGAAAGCGAGAAGCGGAAUCAGGUCAUGGGCGGUAGUCUGGAUCAGUUGGGUUUGGAGACCGACGCUUCAGCGCCCAAGUCGGGAAAGCGAGGCUGGUGGCCCUGGUAA